CUAUUGGAUGAUUCCAGUGGGAAAAGAUUAGACUCUUCAGAAGCUAAUUGACUAGGGCAGGAUCAGGAAGACAAUAUACACCAGAAGGAAGGUUAUCUACAAUGGAAGAAUGCAAGGAAGAACAGCUAGAUUAUGAGUCAGAGAAAAUGGAAAUCUUAAGAUUGGCCCAGUCAAAGAGGAAUAUUAUCAGUUUGAACAUGGACCUUGAAAAGGAUAUGCAGAGAAUAGAUGAAGCAAAUCAAGAACUUCUUCUCCAAAUCCAAGAGAAAGAAAGUGAGAUUCAAAGGCUGGAAAAUGAAGUCACCCAAAUAAGAGAUGCUGUAGAAGAUGAGGAAUGGGAGAAAGAGAACUGUGCCACCAUGGAAAGGGAAAAAGCCUUGCAGGAGGUGGAGGAAGAAACAGCCAGACUAGAAAGAAAGAAUGAAACUCUGGUCCACAGUAUAACGGAACUUCAAAGAAAGCUUACCAGGAAAUCACGAAAGAAAAACAAGCAUGAAGAAGGUGACCAGGAUGAAACUUCAGAAGACUCAACGCCCACAAUUCAGAGUGUGUAUGAAGCCUCUGAAGAAAUGUAUACACUGAAAAUAGAAGCAGAAAAUUUUAAGUUACAACAGCUGGAAGCUUCCUGUGCAGACCAAGAAAAGGAGCUGGUCAAGGUAAUGGAAGAUUAUGCAUUUGUGGCCCGGCUCUGUGAAGAUCAAGCCCUCUGCAUAAAGAAAUACCAAGAAACUUUGAGGAAAAUAGAAGAAGAACUAGAGACUCGAUUCCUUGAGAGAGAAGUAUCAAAAGUCUUAAGCAUGGACUCUGUGAGAAAAGAUUGUAACAGUCAAAACAAUGAGUACAAUUCUAUCCGAAAAAGAGCAGCUUUGUUCAGUAAAAGGGUUUUCCGUUACCUCUUUUUCACCACCCUGUUUUUCAUCAGACUGCUGGGAUACGUGCUCUUUCAUUUAAGUUUUAUAAAUCCAGAUCUCCUCGUCAACCUACUGCCCAAACUACUGAACAGGGGUGUCUUGUGGAAGUUGAGAUGCUUCCUCUUUCCAUCUCUCACGCUCGAGACAGAGGACAUGUUACCUCACUGAUCCCAAGAGGCAUGCUUGGACAAAUGGAGGGCAAGUGGAGUGCGCCUACAGAAGGGAGGUGGCGGAACGUGUGCAGGGAAGAAGUUUUCCUCAGGUUUUUCCUUUGAGGUUUGCCUAUCCAACCAACUUCCUUCUCUCUCAGUAUCAUUUUCCUAAGAUUAACCUUGCCCAGUAAAAUGCUCUCUGAACAGA